UUGACGUGUUCUUUUUCUUCUCUGACUUGAUGACUGAUUGACAGGUUAUCGUUGCCAUGGAGAAGCUGGUCAAACAUCUCUCCCGAUGUCAACAUCUCGGCUGGAUGAAUGUAAUUGAGCUGAAGAGCGCCUCCGUCCAUUGGCUGUCGUGCGGUCAGAGGGCGGAGCCGGACACUUGGAGCAGGAUGUUGUGCAUCCUAUCUGACGCUCGCCUGCUCCUGCUGGACGACCUGGAGGUUCAUCCUUUGCUGGUCUCAGAGAGGGCGGAGUCUUGUACCGUGUGGUUACUAAGGUACCGCCUCCCUGUGACCUCAGCACCUUCACACUCCACCCACAAAGAGCAUCCCGAGAGAAGGCCACGUCCCCUGAGCGUACUCAGUAGCAGCGCCUUGGACACGCCCACCGCCAAAGUGACGGCUUUCCUGUCCACUAGGCUGAAGCGUUCCCUUCGCAGAAGUGGCUCCCAUCCCAAAAUCUUUCGCCAGAGCAGCGUCAACGCGUAUGACGGCAGGCGUGUGAUGCGUCGGCUGCACUGCGCUAGCCAGGAGUCAGUGUUAGGCGACGGGGGCGUGGCCUCUCUGGAGCUGAAAAUGGACCAAUCGGUGAUCAUCAAACCCGUCCACUCGUCGCUUCUGGGCCAGGACUACUGCUUUGAGGUGACCACCUCCACGGGGACCAAGUGCUUCUCGUGUCGCUCGGCGGCCGAACGCGACAAGUGGAUGGAGAACCUGCGGCGAGCCGUGCAGCCCAACAAAGACAACAGCCGACGCGUGGAGAACCUUCUGACCCUGUGGAUCAUCGAAGCCAAGGACCUGCCGGCCAAGAAGAGGUACUUCUGCGAACUUUGUCUGGACGACAGCCUGUACGCACGCACGUCCUGCAAGAUGAAGACCGAUAACAUCUUUUGGGGGGAGCGUUUCGACUUCAGCAGUCUGCCGUGCGUCAGCGCCAUGACGCUGCACAUCUACAAAGACACGGACAGGAAACGCAAGAAGGACAAGAGCAGCUACGUGGGCCUGGUCAACAUCCCCGUCGUCACGGUAACGGGCCGACAGCUGCUGGAGAAGUGGUACACGGUGAGCAUGCCCAGCACCAUCCGAGGCAAGUCGAGCGUGCCGACGGUGCGGGUGAAGGCGCGCUACCAGAGCGUGGUGAUCCUGCCCAUGGAGCAGUACAAAGAGUUUGCCGAGUUCAUCAGCGCCAACUACCUGCUGCUGUGCAACACGCUGGAAUCUUCCAUCGGCCUGCGAGCCAAAGAGGAAGUGGCGGCCGCCUUGGUUCACAUCCUGCACAGCACCGGCAAGGCCAAGGACUUCCUGACGGACUUGAUGAUGUCGGAGGUGGACCGUUACCGUGACAACGAUCAGCUGAUCUUCCGAGAGAACACCCUGGCCACCAAAAGCAUCGAGGAAUACUUGAAGCUGAUUGGACAAAAGUACCUGCAGGACGCGCUGGGCGAGUUCAUCAAAGCUCUGUACGAGUCCGACGAGAACUGCGAGGUGGACGCGUCGCGCUGCGCCAACUCGGACCUGGCGGAGCAUCAGGCCAAUCUCAGGAUGUGCUGCGAACUGGCAUUCUGCAAGAUCCUCGACUCCUACAGGGUGUUUCCUCGUGAGCUGAAGGAGGUUUUCGCAUCGUGGCGGCAGGAGUGCAGCAGUCGCGGCAGACCGGAUAUUAGCGAACGCCUGAUCAGCGCGUCCCUCUUCCUGCGCUUCCUGUGCCCGGCGGUGAUGUCGCCGUCGCUCUUUGACCUGACGCAAGGAUACCCGGACGAGCGCACGGCUCGCACGCUGACUCUCAUCGCCAAAGUCAUCCAGACGCUGGCCAACUUUAGCAAGUUCGGCACCAAAGAAGAGUACAUGCUCUUCAUGAACGACUUUGUGGAGCGCCAGUGGAGCAGCAUGCAGCGAUUCCUGCAGGAGAUCUCCAACCCCGACGGACUCAACCACACCGGCGCCGGCUUCGACGGAUACGUCGACCUCGGCCGCGAGCUCUCCUGCCUGCACACUUUGCUCGCCGAGCUGGACCAGUCGUGUCUGUGCAAGCUCAGUCCGCUUCCUCGGAUCCUAAGAGACGUCUCGGCGGCUUUGGCCAACCCCGGGGGCGGGGCUUAUCCCGGGAGAGCGUCGGCGUCCUCGCCCGAGCUGCAGCAGCAAGUGGCGUCUCCGCCGCCUCUGUCGCCGCCCCUCUCGCCUCCUCUGGCGGCCUGCAAUCCCUCACUUGGCCAGCAGUGCGGCGUCGGACUGGACGGAGGGCUGGUGGACUUCACCAGGCUUCCGUCGCCCACGCCCGAAAACAAAGAUUUGUUCUUCGUCACAAAAGGUUCCAGCCUUCAGCCGGCAUCAGGUCCGCGAGGCUCCCCGGCCCCGAGUUCCUCCUACUCGGAGCCCAACGACGACGCGGCGUACGGGAGGGCGGGGCAGGAAAUGAGUGCGGAAGGGCGGAGCCUGUCUCUGGUGGACCUACAGGACGCCUCCCCCGGCGAGGCUCUGGACGACGGCCAAUGGCAGCGCAGGGCGGGGCUUCUGCCGCUGUCUUUCCAGAACCCCGUCUAUCACAUGUCGUCGCGACAGCCGCACAGGGCCGAGGCCACGCCCCCCGACGGCUCGGCCGCGUCGCAGGGCGGAGACGAGCGCAACUCGGCCGCCGCGCCCAAACCCGCCUUCCUCACCCAGAUGCAAGUGGGCGUGGCCGGCGGGGGCGAGCGAGGAGAGCGUCUGUCGGCCAUGUCCAGCAGCAGCAGCGGAGAAGAGCAGAACAGACGAGCGCUCUCGGAGAACAUCACGAGUGGCGCCGCCCCCCCUCGUCAGAACAGUUCAGGUCCUCAACGUCGCAUCGACCAACCACCGCCGCCGCCGCCGCCCUCCUCGGCGCCCCCUCCGGGACCGCCGCGGGGCCGCACGCCACCCAGCAUGCUCCCUCCGCGCCCCGCCUCGGGAAGCAUGAUGUCGUCCAGUCCCGAUUGGCCGAGCAGCGGACACUCGCGACUGCGCCAGGCCUCGUCCUCAUCCAAAGGAGACAGUCCCGAAAAACUGCGCACCGCCAACAAGGCGCCGUCUCCAUGCGCGUUGGACCGGACGGCCGCCUGGCUACUCAACAUGAACUCGGCCUCUUCUUACGCCGAGGCGGAAGACGAUCGCCAUGACGACGCCUUAAUCGAGAAGUACCAGCAGGACAUCGCGUUGCUGCAGGAGAAACUCCGCGUGGCGGCUCUGCGUCAGGAGGAGUGCGAGGCCCGGCUGGUGGUUCAGGAUCAGCAGAACCAGCGUCUGCUGCAGGAAUAUCAGGCUCGGCUGGAGGAUACCGAAAGUCGACUGAGGAGGCUGCAGGAUGACAAAGAUCUCCAGAUGAACAGCAUCAUCAGCAGGUUAAUGGCGGUCGAAGAGGAGCUGAAAAAAGACCAUUCCGACAUGCAGGCCGUGGUUGACUCCAAACAAAAGAUCAUUGAGGCACAGGAAAAGAGGAUAGCAAAUCUGGACGCUACCAACAGUCGCCUGAUGGCGGCGCUGUCUCAGCUGAAGGAGCGCUACGGCGUGACUUCGCAGAGGAACGGUCUGUCGCCUAGCAACACAUCAUCCCUGCAGAUCACAGAAAAUGGCGAGUUCCGCAAUUCGGGUAAUUGCUGAGGCUCGGGGCCCCCAGCGGCACCGUUAACUGCGAGUGGGAGGUUCCUUAGCAACACACACACACACACACUUUCCAGGAUGAACUUGAACGUCUUGCCAUUUCCUGUUUACAUGCACGCCUUCCAACCGACGCUUUAUUGAGGACGCGAGGGAAUUUGAAUGCAGCAGGAAAGGCAUCAACACAGCCCCCCCCUAACCCCCACCCUCCAUCACAUCAUUUCCGUGAUCCAAACGUCUUAUUUUGAAAAGGCAAAACGUUUUGUUUUGAAAUUCUAUGGAAACCACUUCUUUAAUUCUAGCCGUCGACAACGGCGACCAAUCACGAGGCUGAACGUAAAGCGACUGUCGUGGGAAAAAUUUAGCAGACUUGUGUUUGUCUUUGUAAAGCUUUUCGUUGUGCAAUUCUCCAACGUGAGACUCGAAUAAAGUAAUCCCGCAUCAA